AUGUCUUCAUAAAAGAGAGAAUCAAAGUCCCCUUUAAAAUCUUUAUUAUCUGUAUUUUAAGGUGGAGGAGGAGGAGCCACAAAAGUCAUUUUACCUCCAAAUACAUAAAUUGUAUUUAAUAAAGAAAAAGGAGUUUAUGAAUAUCCAGGAAAAGAGACAUAUUCAGAAAAAAAACCUGAACCUAAAAUUGAAGAUUAGAUUCCUCCAGGUGAAAUGAAGGAAUAUUUGAAGCCAUAGAAUCCUCACUUAAGAGGAAAGUAAUAGAGAUAACAAAAGGAUCAUNUUAGGGAUCGUUAAAACUUGGAAAUUAUAAAAUUCUGAAUGGGAAAGUUCACCUCCUUAAUAUAGUCAUAAAAAAUCUGUUUUUUGUCUUAUAUUAAGUAAAAAUGAAGACUUUUUAUUCUCAUGUAGUGAGGAUUAAUCUAUAAUAAUUUGGAGUUUGAUUAUUGCUUAAAAUAAGAUAUAGAAAAAAUAAUAAAUUACAACAGAUAAAGGAUCAUUAUUUUCUCUAAGUUUGAAUGACUCAGAAAAUAAAUUAGCUGCAUGUAGUCGAAAAGAUGCAAUUAUUAUAUGCGAAAAAUAAAGUAACAAUGAAUGGAUUCUAAAAUAAAUAAUAUAGUUACCUGAAAAGGGAUUUGGUUUUAGAUUAUGUUUUUAUGGAGAAGAUUAUUUGAUUUUUUAACCUUAAAAUGAAGGAAUUAGUAAAGUUUAUUAGUUAAAAGACAAUAUUUUUGAAUAAAGGAAAGAAUUGGAAAUAGAAUUAUAAGAAAAAGAAUAAAAAGAUAUGAUUGGAUUAUCUCCAAUUUAAUAUAAUAAUUUUCUAGAUGUUAUGAUGUUAAAACAUGCUAAUUGUGUUUAUUUUAUUAAAAAAUUAUCAAAUUAGAAAUUUGCAAUUAUCGGAAGUUCCCCUAAGAAAUAAAAUAUUUUUCAUACUUUUACAGUUUCUUAAGAUGGAUAAUACUAUGCAGAAUGGACUAAUGAAAAGAAAAUUUACAUAUAUAGAAUAGAUUAUUAAUGA